AUUGAUAACACAUAAUUUUUACUUCAAAAGUAGACGGAGUAAUGGACGAGAAUCAAUUUUUAAAACAAGCGACACGUGUGGUAAAAAGAAUUGAAUCUCGAAUAGUACAAUUUUAUGAAAAAUUUCUCUACAAUAAUAAGAUGACUAUAGCAGCAUUAAAAAGAGCUUUAUACGAAGCUAGAUUCACAGAUAUCACAGAUCAAAGAGUUAUUGAAUUAAUAAAUAUUCAAAGAACAGACGUACAAGAUAUCAGCGUUCUAGCAUUCAGAAACAUAUUCACGAUGUUAUAUACCGAAUAUCUUUGGGAUAUAUGUGAUAAUGAUAAAACAUUGGAAGCUAUAUUUGGCUCAUUAGAUCCAAGGUGAAACUGAAAAGAAGAGAAGUUCCAUUCUUAUGCGUUCCUGCUCAAUUCAAGUACUAAAUGUUAAUUAAUAAAAUAAAAUGCACCGAAUAUACUAUACUUACAAAAAUGAAAAAUAUGAUAAUUUUAACAUUUUCUUCUGAUAUUAAUCUGAAAACAAAGUGUAAAAAUAAAUGAAAUAAUUUCACUUAAUUGUAAUUAACUAUGAUUGAUGAUAAAUAAACGCAUACAAUAUUUUCUUUAUUUAA